AUGAUCACACCAGUAGCGAUUGCAAAACUUGGCAGUGUAAAAAAUCUACCAGUAAACGGCGGUCGACACAAGUUGUUUCUCGGGCUAAUAGGUGAUCAUUCGUUUGUUUUAUCUGAAAAAUACUUUGGCGAUUUAAUUUUUAUAAUUAGAAUUGAAGAUAUUAUAGAAUUUAAAAUGGCUAUCGGAGCAGGAAUGUCUUGUGUGAAAUACCUUUUAUUUUCCUUCAACCUUCUGUUUGCUAUAACGGGGUUGAUAAUCCUAAUAGUUGGUGCCAAGUCUGAGAUCAAUGCCCAGCCAUAUGUAAGCUUGACUGAUGAGAGUUUCUAUACGUCAGCUCCAAUAAUGCUAAUUAUUGUUGGCCUGAUUGUGUUUGUAGUCGCCUUCUUUGGAUGCUGUGGAGCUGUUAAGGAGAAUCAUUGCAUGAUUGUCACGUUUUCAGUAUUCCUGCUGCUGAUAUUCAUCGCGGAACUGGCGGUCGGCAUCGCGGGCUACGUGAAGCACACGGACCUGGAGACCUCCAUCGUCCGCACUCUGAACGAGUCCAUCACUCGCUACCCGACGGACCCUGAUAUUAAGAAGAACUAUAAUAUCAUCCAGACCGAUCUGCAAUGCUGCGGCAUAUACGGCGUGGGCGACUGGGCGGAGCACUCGCUGCCCAUCCCGGCCACGUGCUGCGCGGGACAGGAGAUAUCCGGCAGCCAGCCCGCCGCCUGCACAGCCGCCUCGCCCAGCCUCCACGCGCAGGGCUGUCUGCCCCUCAUCCUGGCCAGGAUGAAGGAUGUUGCCCUGGUGCUGGGCGGCGUUGGGCUCGGCAUUGCUUUUGUGCAGCUCCUGGGUGUGGUAUUCGCGUGCUGCCUGGCGCGCUCCAUCCGCAGUCAGUACGAGACCGUG